AUUUGGCUCUGACCUUACGGUCACCCUGCCGUUCAUACACGGCACGGUGUGUGAGGAACGAAACACCGACCGUCGUGUGCAAUCAUUGGUGAACAACAAUAAUGGCUACAAGAGACGUGGUUGCCUCCGAUGAUCCCGACGCAAGGAGAGAUCAGGAGUUACUGGAAUCAGCCAUGACGCGCCAGCUGUCUGUGUCCCUGGGACGACGCAUCAGUCUGGACGACCUCAACGAGAACUCGCAGAAUGAGACGGUGGUUGUGGACAGUCCACAGAACGGCGAGGUAGAUGUGGUCACUGUGGACAAUUGUCCAGAAGAGGACGCAUCUCUAACCGCCCGGAAAAUGUUUCCGACCUCCCCACAACCAGAAAUGCCAAGGCCUGCAUCCAGGCACAAGAACACUUCAUCUCCAGCAAGACACCAAUCACCAGCCCGCGCAUCCAGGAGCCCCAAAGCAAGCUGGCCCAGCCCCAGGAGCAGUCACUCCUCACCGGGUAGGGGAGAUGCUCCCACGGUCAACAAGAACAGACGCUUUGAAGCUUGCAUCCUGAACAAGGCCAAAGUGUGGCUGCCAUUGGAGCUCAUUGAGCAGCCAAAGAUAUUUCACCAGGUGGUCAGCCUGGAGACUUGGAACAACGUGCUAUCACAGGAGGACAGGGAGCGGUUGUCCAAAAUGCUCCCAGAAUUCCCCGAGUCCGACAGCGAGGAGAAGACAGAGACACUGAGACGACUGUUUGCCGGUGAGAACCUCAAAUUCGGCAACCCAGUCAGAAAGCUGCAGAAGGAUCUGCGGGCCGGCUACCUGUACCUGGAUGUCUUCAAACACAAGAGGGCGCUGCGGCAGGCCAAGUACCGCGAGUACAAACACCAGCAGGAGCUGCGAUGCCAUCGCAUGCUGAAGGAGGUGCUCAUAUCUAGACAGGAGCUGCUUGAGGCUGCACAGUUCACGGCACCCGAUGAACCCUUUAAGGUCAAGCGCCCACGACCUUUGACCAUCCAGAAAGACCUGGACGGUGUAGUGACCAAGAAGUACAGAAAGAUUUUGAAGGAAUGCAGAAUAGAAUGCGGGGAAUUAUAUACAAGUGAUGAAGAUGAUGAUGUUUCUGUAGCCAGAGACAAAACACCAUCCAAGAAGCGAUCCUCAGCCUGGUACGAAGCACCGAGUGACAUUGUCCUUCCAAAGUUCACACCGCGAGUGCAGUCCACCUUCGAUCAUAAACCUAUCAACCCACAAGUAGGAUCCAACCAAGAUGGAAGCCCUGAUGAUAGGGACGAUGCUGCUAUCCUUCCAUCCGCCCCUGAUUCUCCCUUGCAGUUAUCUGAGGCAGCGUACAUGGACAUUAUCGACAAGCACCAACGCAGGAGAGAUGCUGGAAUGGAUCACUUUGAAUUGGAUGCAAGCAACAUCACCAUGGAGGAUGUCAUGACAAGAACGUUUUCCACCCAGAACUCGCCCAUUGUACCUUCCCGAGACUUUAGAGCCAAAUCCAUGCCACUGUCACAGAAGAGGAAAGCCAAAGUCAAGGACAAACUGGCCAAGAAACGGAAGAAGGGCAGACCCCCCAAGGCCACCACGCCCAUCUCUGUGGUCUCUCUGGAAAGUCGCACCUCAUUGGCUACCACGGAGUCCUCUGGCAGUCUGUCCACCAAUCAGGAGGGGCCUACUGUGGUGGUUGAUGCUGGGAAAGAUGAAGACAUGGGCAAUGUGCAAAGUUCCCCCAAGUCCAUGCUCUACCCAAACUUCUUCAGUUUCCUGCGGGACACGCUGAGGGAGUCCCCCGACGGUCACAUGACCCUGGCCGAGCUGCAGGCGCACACCGAGACCUGGCAGACGGCGCCGGUGAGUGCCCUCAACGUCUGGUUCAUGCUCGUGUCGUCGUGGUCCACGGCCCUUGGCAGCAUGCUCAAGUUUCUGAUUGGUGAAUUGCCGAGCAUGCCGAUUAAGGCUCCGAUGGUGGAAUACAACGACGUCGUGCACAUGUGGGGCUGGAUUGGGGAGGGAAGAGACUCGGAUGAACAGCUGACUAUCCUGUUCAAGCAAUGGCUGACUGCUGUCCUGGAAGACAAACCUACUCCCCCUGAAAUAGAACGUCAGGCCAGCCCAACGGUGCCAAGCCCCAUUAAAGUGCGUACUGACUUUGUUGUCCGACCCAGCACGAUUGAGGAGAAGGCUUUAUUCAGGGCACAGGAGCACGAACGUUAUGAGCAGCCUCACAAGGCUUACACGUACCGCAUGCAUGGUUACAAGUCGGUGGUCGGGCCAGUCAAGGGAGUUUAUGGCAAGGAAACGUCGCUGAAUAAAGCACGAGAACACUCGCUGCUUGUGUCUGACAGACCACCAUAUGUCACCAUUCUGUCCCUGGUUCGUGAUGCGGUUGCUAGGUUACCAAACGGCGAGGGCACCCGGGCCGAGGUCUGUGAGCUCCUGAAGGACUCCAAGUUCCUGGCCGACGCCACCGACAAUCAGAUCAACACAGUGGUGAGCGGGGCACUAGACCGUCUACACUACGAGAAAGACCCUUGUGUCAAGUAUGAUGGUAACCGCAAGCUGUGGAUAUACCUGCAUAGAAACCGAUCGGAGGAAGAGUUUGAGCGUCUUCAUUUGGAGCAGGCUGUGACCAUCAAGGCCAAGCGCACCAUACAGAAGCAGCCUAAACCGAUGCAUAGAGCAAAACCAGUCAUCAAGGACAUGCAGCUCUUCCAUCAAGCUGGCCGCCCUCCCUCUGCUAUGAGUGACACUAGCAACGAUAGCAUCAUCAGUGUUGGUAUGGGUUUGGAGACACCCAGCCCGUCACGGUCCCCAGGGAGUUCCUCCAUCAGCCCGCACAGCUUUGCCAAGAGUCCCGCCUCAAGCACCACCCAGAGCCCCAUAAGUAGCCUCCUGGGUGGCAAGGCUGGACCGAGGGGCACCAAAGCCCCUGCCGCUCUUCAACCGCAGGUGUUUCAGAGGCACCUGUCAUCACCUGUAGCGGUCUCUGGAAGUCAUGCAUUCUCAUCCCAAGUUCAAGCGCUUCUGACCCACGCAGCCAUGCCGAGUGUCCUGGUGCCAAGUUCUUCCGCAGCCAGCAGCGAAGCCGGACCUUACCAGAGUGGGAAUUCCCUGAUCAAGGCACAGCUUCUUGCUCCAAGGGGGUUUGUGGCACAGCUGGCCAGUCAGCAGCUUGGUGCCUCCCCACAGAAAAGCAGUCAGCCUGUGAUGAGAAGCGUCACCAGUACCCCACAAAUGACGGCAGUGCCGGUACCCUCACUCAUGAUGGGUCAACUCCUCUCCCAUCCUGAACAGGCACAGCAAUUGUCCACUGAGAGUCCAGGAAGGAAAAGCAACACCCUUUCUACCAGUAAGCCGGGCAUGCCACCAUCAACCAAUCAACCCAUAACCCUCACGCUAACUGGUGCUAAUGCAAUUGCCGAUACAUCCAAGACACAACCCUCAAGCACCAUCCCUGCAGCUCUAGCUUUCCACUCCAAGCCAGGUACCCUCCCUGUGAAUGUUACAUUAACCCUUAAGGGAGCAACAGAGGAGAAGAAAACUGCAACAGGUGGAGGUUCAUCAAGAGGACAUGGGGGAAAGACCAAACUCCCGACUGUUGGAGGACUCCUGGCUGGAUUGGGUAUGUCGCUAGAAGGGGUAUCUACACCGAGGGCUGGAAGAAAACCCUCAACAAAGUCCAAGUCUCCUCCGCGUGCUUCAGCUGCAAAGAUAGCAUCUUCUCAGAGCCCUUCUCCAGCCUCCAGGAGAAAGUCCCAGCCAAGAGCUGAUGCACCUGUCCAAGACCAAGUCAUCACUCUUCAGGCAGCCACAUCAGCUACUUUGGUUCCUCCUCAGAAGGGGUCCCUCUUAACAUCUCCAAUGUUCCUUGGCAACAUUCCUGCUGGCGUCCACCAGCCAUCAGCUUCCGGCCUCAUCUUCCAACCCCAAAGUGGGUCCUCGUCAACUCAGCCCACUACCACCCCAAGCUCUAAAAAAACACCUGUUUUCACAGCAUCCCAGGCCUCUGCCAUGCGCACAUUGACAUCCUUAGCAUCUCAGCAGACACUUCAAGGAAAAGCGCACUCUGAUGGAACCAGCAUCGCAGCCAGUCAUCCAGCACACGCAGAACUUCCAUCCAUACCCAUGUCUCUUCUGAUGGCUUCAGCGGGACCUCAGGGUGGCACAGCAGGUCAAGGGGUGAAAGCAGUGUCAGUGGUGGGAUCCCUGGGGCACUCUCUUCCCCAAGGUACCAUUCCAUUGAUCACAAACCCGUUACUCUCCACGGGGAUUCCAGCCAGCCUUACCCCAGGGAAAGGCGUAAUCCUUCAGGUCCCUAUUGGCUCCAAGCGGGUCUCUACCAUACCAGCCACUCUCAGCAAGCAGAAGUGCGCAGCACCUGUUAUCCUGACCUCCUCAACUUUGACCUCAUCUCUCAUGACUCCAAUGGUGACCAAGGGGUCAAGCAGCACAUCAAAGAACCAAGCUGAGAAACCCGUACAAGAGUCAAAGGAAGGUUCCGUAAAAGAAACUCACACAAAAGAGGCCGUCAAAGAAUGAACAAAAAACCUGAUCACAUUGAACACUUCUGAUGAUAGACCAAGACCUUUUUAAAAGAAAUGAGGGUUAAAAGGUCGUAACAUUAUGGUCAGGUAUUAAGUGUGUAUAAAGGCAAUAGAUUUGUUCAAUCGGAUGUUGCAGUUAAACUCAAUGUACAGAGUUGCUCUCAAAACUGAUCGUGCUUGUCCAAUUAUGCCUGAGCAGAUACACCUUCUGUAACACUAUCUUCCAGUUGAAUGACACUUUUAAGUUAUUCAUAAAAAGAGAUCAGGUGAAUGAAAGGAAUGUGAAGACAACAAGUCAAUGUAUGUUGAAAAGGUUGUUUAUUGAAAGCAAAAACCCCAAGCAAACAGAUUAUUUGACAAAGAUUAAAGUACUUCUAUAAAUUUGUAAAUUUGACCAUAGCUGGUGUAUGUGUUUCUAGACUAAGUUACUUUAUGUAAUCGGCCAUUGAUCAAAUCAUGUCCUUCAUCCUUUCAUAGCAACAGAAACUAGCAUUUGGGGGUUUCACAAAGCGAACUCUCAUGCACACAGAUACAUGUACAUGUAGCUAUUGCUUCAAUCAAAUUAGGUUUUGCCCUUCACCGACU